UCGCGCCACGGUGAGGGAGGUGGGAAGGCUUUAUAUAAACGGAAUCCUCGUUUAUCGCGCCACAUCGCGUCUCCCCGAUCUAUUGUAGGUUAUGUCGCGCUGAAUUCGUGAGAGCGAGGUGAAAAUUCGUAUAUUUGGGAUCAGAAGGAAGAGCGAUCGCACGUGUGAGGACCACCCGGAUCAAUUUGGUGCACCAAGUAACCACACGCUCUCCCGACGAAGUCGCUCGCGUUGCUUCUAUUGUCGACUGAAAUUUACGCACACUUUUGUCGAGAUCGCGCGUCUUGCUAGUCGGUCUCCCCGGAUUAUUGCGCAGCAGAUACUCGGCUUCUUAUCGCUGACCCAUCUAAGAAGCGUCUCAAGAACGCGGAUCAGUCACAAGAGUUUCCCUUUGUUUUCGGCAAAUUGAUUGCGUCAGACGCAAGGGAAGUCGCGAAUCGACGGAGAGCUUAGAGAGAGAGAGAGAGAGAGAGACAAAGAAAGAAACAGUAACACCGAGAGGAGAGAUAACACAGCACGAUGUCGGCAUCUCCGAUCGCCAGACAGGCCACCCAGAGCCAGAGCAUACCGUCCAAGAGGAUCGUCAUCCACGAUCCCAAUCAGCUGCCGGCUGAUUACUCGUCCACUCCCGGGGGCACGCUCUACUCCACGACACCGGGAGGUACUCGCAUCGUCUAUGAACGUGCGUUUCUCAUGAACCUCCGGAAUUCGCCGAUCUCACGAACGCCGCCACGUAGCACACUGGGCAUACCGACGGAAUUGCUGAAGGGCACGCCGGCCAUCACGACGACGAAUCCCGCGAAAAAUGCUGAUAAAGACGCUCUGAUCGAGGAAUCCGCGGAGCAAUUUGAAAUGGAUAUGUGACGUGUAAAUACAACAAAACCGCUACUGCCACUUGUGAUUGCGAACGUGUGUUCCUAGCUAUGCUCAAAAGUCGAUGCUGCACGGCAUCGUUCGCGAGAGCUGCGGCUUAACAUGCUUGCUCAGGAUUCAAUUCUGUGCCUUUCAUCGGUGUCUUUGCUAAGGUUUACAACCCUUUCGAGCGGUAACAACAACACCUUCGUCCCGGACGAAGCAGCGUAUGUCUACUCCUUGUAUGUAUUAUACACGAUCCAUUUAAUUUUCGACGUUAGCACCCCCCCCCCC